AUGACGGUAGACACUUUGGUGAAUAAGGCAGUAAUGAUUACGGAAGUUAAUUUUGGUGAUUGUGGUAGUAAUGAUGACGGUAAUUACCUUGGUGAUUUUGGCAGUUAUGAUGACGGCACUCACUUAGGUGAUUUGGGCAUUAUCAUGACGUAUGAUGACGGUAGUCACUUUGUUGAUUGUGGUAGUUAUGAUGACGGUAGUUACUUUGGUGAAUGUGGCAGUUAUGAUAACGGUAGUCACUUUGGUGAUUGCGGUAGUUUUGAUGACGGUAGUUACUUUGGUGAAUGUGGCAGUUAUGAUGACGGUAGUCACUUUGUUGAUUGUGGUAGUUAUGAUGACGGUAGUCACUUUGGUGAAUCGGGCAGUUAUAAUGACGUAGUCACUUUUAAUGAUGACAGUAAUUACUUUGGUAAUUGUGAAAGUCAUGAUGACGAAAGUUACUUUGGUGAUUGUGAUAGUUAUGAUGACGGUAGGUACUUUGAUGAUUCUGGCAGUUAUGAUGACGGUAGUUACUUUGGUGAUUGUGGUAAAAUUGAUGACGGUAGUUAUUUUGGUGAUUUUGGCAGUUAUGAUGACGGCAGUCACUUUAGUGAUUUUGGGCAUUAUCAUAAGGUAGGUACUUUGGUUGAAUGUGGUAUUUAUGAUGACGGUAGUUUCUCUGGUGAAUGUGGUUAUUAUGUAAACAAUAGUUACUUUGGUGAAUGUGGUAGUUAUGAUGACGGCAGUUAUUUUGGUGAAUGUGGUAGUUAUGAUGACGGCAGUUACUUUGGUGAAUGUGGUAGUUAUGAUGAAGGUUGUUACUUGGGGGAAUGUGGCAGUUAUGAUGACGGACUUUGGUGA